GUGACGUUUUACACACGUACUUGUAAAACUUGCUGAAAAAGAAAAUGCCAAAAGUAGUUUCUCGCAGCGUUGUGUGCACAGAUGUUAAAGAUCAAGAAGAAUACCAGGGUGAAAAACCCCUCUAUGUGUAUUACUGCAUAUGUGGACAAAUAUCUUUGAUCUUAGAUUGUCCUAUAGACAAACUUCCAAUGAGGAGACGAGAUAAUGCCAGAGUUAUUGAUGGACAGAAACAUGCUCACAAGCUGACCUGUGAUCCUGAUGAUAUUGUUUACUUGAAAAGGCCUGAAGGAAUUGAAAAACAAUACAGACAAAAAUGCAAAAGAUGUGGAUUAUGGUUAUAUUACCAUCACCAAGGAAACAGUGGGGUCAUGUUUGUUGUAGAUGGGGCCCUCAAAAGGGACUCGGCCAAGACUGAUGUGUAUAGUCAAAUAUCUGAACCCAAAAAGGUGACACUUACCAAACAUACAAAGAACAUGGGCAAAUUCAGUUCUGUGACAGUCUCAACAGUUGAUGAAGAAGAGGAUGAAAUUGAAGCUAAAGAAAUAGCUGAUUCAUAUGCAGCCAAUGCUAAAGUGAUAGAAAAGCAACUUUUCAGGAAAGGCAUGAACAAGCGAAGACAGGAAGAGGCUGCAGAAGAGGCGAAGAAGAAAGUAAAGGGAACCUUGAUUGACAAGUGAAAUGACAAAAUGACAGCCAGUGAGAGGAUUGAUUGACAUGAAUGAUAGGUGUAUGGGCAUUGUAUAUCAUUGAAAUGUUUGCUUGUGUUUGAUUCAGCUGUUAUGAAUGAAAGCAUAUGCAAUAAAUAUAAAAUAAAACCAAAAUUAAAAUGUUAA